AUGUCAGUGACAGCAAGCAGCAGCCGGGGCUCUGGUGGGUCGGAGGAGGUCGAGGUGUGCGGUCGCGGCCGCGGCAUUCGAUGCAUUGACCUGCCCGCCGUCUUCUCGACUCCCCAAGAGUGCGAGAUGCUCUCCGUUAUUACCGCCUUUGACCUUUCUCGAAAUGAGCUGCAAGAGCUGACAAGCCUGCAGCCGCUCCGCUCCCUCACUCGCCUCAACGCGAGCUACAACCGCAUUUCCCUUGUCGACGGGCUGCCGCUGCGCUUGACGCAGCUGAACCUCGCGCACAACAAACUCGAGCACCUCGACUGUGUCAGCCAACUCGUGCACCUACGUGAGUUGGAUGUGAGCUUCAAUCGCCUCACGAGUCUCGCCGGUCUGCACUCACGCGUUCCUCUGGAGGUUCUGCGCGCCGACGACAACCGCAUCGACCGCACAAGUGACUUGAAGGAGCUGCGCUCCUUGCGUAUUGCAUCGUUGAGCAACAACUACGUUGAGGACCUGGAUGAGUUGUUGUUUGUGUCCACCACGCCGGCCCUGCAGCUGCUGAACUUGGUGGGCAACCCGGUCACCCGCGCACGGCAGUAUCGGCAAACACUGGCAGAGCUGCAACCGUCUCUCGUUUCGCUGGAUGGUGCGCCGCUGACGCGCGCCGCGGACUACGAGAACGCCGCGCAGACUUCUCGGGGAAGCAGCAAUGGCGUCCCCCCGGCUGCAGCUCAUACACCUUUGUCGUUGGUGACACCGAAGACGGAAAAGACAAGGUCGCAGCGCGCACUCACUCAAGGUCCGCACCACCCAGCGAGGGAACCGCUCGCAGCCGUAAAGGCGCCGGCGACACACUCCGCAGCAGUGAUGACUCUGGGCAGCAGCGUCACCGACUCGUCGUCGCGCCAAGGUCGCCACGGCGGCGCUGCGCAGUCGGUCGCUGCGAACGCAUCUAUCGGUGUCUCAUCGAUCGCCCUUUACGACUCCCCCAACGAGCGUCCUCGCGAACAGCCGCCGCAGCCGGUGAGGCGAACCGCGGCAAAUCCUAUAGCCAGGAUUCCUCAUCAGCCGGCGAUGGCGGUGUCACGCGCUGCACCGUCGGGGCCUAGAAGCGCUUCCGCAGAGCCACGCCACAAUCACUCAGGUGCAGCAGAGCCACCGCGGCACCCUCGUGGAUCACCUGCGUGUGCGGAGGAGCGCAGUGAGGAUGUGGAUGACACCGACAGGGAUGUGCCGCCUGUAGUGGAGGACUCUCGUCGUGGUUGCCGGGUGGCGGACGCCUCUGUGCGCACUCCAGAGCAGGUCCAUCGGCAAGUUGGGUACGUCUCUCUGCACGCCACCCCCGCCACAGGCAGUGCAGCGGAACGCUUCCGCAGCGGUGGACGACUCCGUCCCUUCCCUUCGCCUGCCUCGCCGCAGCGCUGUGCGGCAUCGCAGCAGGACUUGGACUCCACCACCGCCCAGCUACAUGACAGCCUCGUGGCGAAAGAGCAGCUAGAGAAGGAGUGUCAGACGCUUCGGCGGGCGUGCAAGCGCGUGGAGGGACAGCUGGCUGAGGCCCGGCGCGUGAUCUCGCAGCAGCUGGCGGAGCUGUCGCAGCUGCGACUCGAGCGCGAUGCUCUGCGAGAGAGCGAGGGAACCAUGCUCGAGCGUCUCGAGAAAGAGAAGCGAUCAGGUCGCACGCGCGCUUCGCACCACAGCGACGAAGUGGCGACGCUACAGGCACAGUACGAGCGCAUGAAGACCUUCUACGAAACCCAGCUCGCCGACACACGGCGCGAGUUGGCGGCGGAACGGGCCCGUCUUCUGCGGCUCAGCAACAGUGGCAGGUGCGGCGAGCGGAGAGCGGUGGCCGUGGACUGUGUCGAUGCGGCAGAGAGAGGCCAAAGGUCGCCCUUGGCUGACGAGAGGCAGCGUGCAGCAGCACCAGCAGAAAAUGGGACGAGCGAACUCCCUGCUGCUGCCUCUGCGAAUCCCUUGCGCUGUCUGUCGCCAGCGUCUCGCUCUGCUUCUUCCUCGCAUCCCAAGACGGAGGAUCAUGGGCCAGGCGGUGAGGUCUCUUCGACAGACGCUGUAGCGCAGCAGCUCACCUCGUGGUUGUACGCGAGUCUCACAGGAAGCGGGCACGCAGCAGAGACCGACGAAAGCGCGAUUGCCACUGCUGUUGUGAGCGAGCUGCGCCGAUCUCUUCUUCGCGAUCCGUCUGCAUCGUCGGCGCGGGCACAUGCUGAUCACGCGGCGCAGUCGCAGGAAUCGGCGGAUGCUGCCAAGGACAGCGUGGGAACGAAAGUCACGGCUGUGCGGCGUAUCCUUGAGACAUUUAUUUCCGAACACAUCGGUCAGCUGACGGAACCCCCACAGCAGAUUGCCGACAGUAGCGCGCCUGCUCAACGCCCAGCCGUCGCGGCAGCUGCGGUGGAUGCACCAACGCAAGUUGGUGGUGGCGGUAGUGCUCCGUCGCAAGCACGCGAGGCGGUGAAGAACAUCGAAGCUGACGAGCCAGCUGUGGCGUGCCUCCUCCCUUCACGGCUCCCAUCAUCUCCUCGGUGCUCUUCAGCACUGCCCGCCCACAUCUCGGUGGAAAAGGACGACGACGAUGACACCGAUACCGACACAGAGGUGACGGUGAUGAUCUCGCCGCCGGCGUCGUGCGCUGUCGCUGGCACCUGCCAAAGCGUAGCUGUGGCGGCUCUGCCUGCGCCUCCCCAGCUCCCUGCAUCUGCACACAACACGCGCGUGAGCGCGGCGAAGGCGUUCCUGAAGGAGGUGGAGUUGCUGUUGGACAGCUAA